GUCUUCCUCCUUCAGCAAAGCUCUCAUCUUUCUCACUUGGAAAUCGAAACUAGAAACCAAUGGAUUCCGUCAUGCAAUCGAAGAAGCGAAAGAAGAGAGACAACGUCAAACUAUCAGACUUGAAAGAGCUAGGUCACCAGCUUCUUUCGUCUAGAGCCCAUAUCAAUAACCUUCCUCGGUUACUCACUUUUGUUACUCCAUCCUCUCCGCCGCAGUACGCACUCGAAGCUAUCGUCUCUCUUCAAUCCUUCUUCACUCCCGUCCUUCCGGAGCUCCCCUCCUCCUCCACCUCCAAAUCCAAACAUGCUCAAACUUCCGGACAAGAUGAUCCUGAAUUUAUUUACCGGACAUGGCUUCGUUCCAAAUUUGACGACUUUGUUAAGUUGCUAAUUGAUAUCUCUGUAUCUCCAAAAUGCGAUGAAACUAUGCGGGAGGUCUGUUUGGACACGAUAAUGGAUUUUGUUAAAGAGGGAAAUGGAGGAAGAUUUCAUUCUGCCAUAUACCACAAGCUACUUCAUCGCAUAGUUGAUUCAGUGCUGGGCAUUGAGAUUCUGUUGGAUUUACUAGCUUCCAAGUACUUCAAGUACACUGAUGUAUGCUAUUUCACUUACAUUAGUCUAGAGAAGUUGGUUCGAACUCUGGAUACAAAGGAUAUAUCUGACAGUAAAUGCAGCAAUUCAUCUGAGAACAAUGAUGAUGAGUCAAUGACAAGGACUGAGCUCUCCAUUCGGAAGGCACAUUUUAUCUUGACUCAUAUUCCUCCUCCUAUAGAAAGUGGGGGUGAGAAAAUUGAUUUUGAGAUGUGGAAUGAAUCAGGAUUUGAUUUUAAAAAAGUGAAUGUAAAGAAGAACAGUGGGCCACUGGAAACGGAAGAUAAACAUCAUGCAUCAGAUAUUUCCAAGAAGAUAAAAUUGAAGUUCAAUAAAGCAUGGUUUGCUUUCCUUCGCUUACCACUCCCUGUUGAUGUGUACAAGGAGGUCCUUGUUGCACUUCAUCAAGCUGUAAUUCCUCAUUUGUCUAAUCCUGUUCUAUUGUGUGAUUUUCUGACAAGAUCGUAUGAUAUUGGGGGAGUUAUCAGUGUGAUGUCCCUUAGCAGCCUUUUCAUCUUGAUGACAAAGCAUGGUCUAGAGUAUCCCAAAUUCUAUGAAAAACUAUAUGCACUCUUGUCUCCAUCUAUAUUCAAGGCGAAACAUCGAUCGAAGUUUUUUGAGCUAGUUGAUUCUUGUCUGAAAUCUCCCCUUCUACCAGCUUAUUUGGCUGCUUCUUUUGCUAAGAAGUUGAGUAGAUUGUCUCUCUCAGUUCCUCCAUCGGGAGCUUUAGUUAUUAUUGCUCUGAUUCACAACCUUCUGAGGAGGCAUCCAUCAAUUAGCUUCCUGGUGCAUCGGGAAGUUAGUGCUACUUCAGAAAGUGAUGCCAUGAGUAAAAAACUGGGUUUAGAUAAAUUUCGACCGGAGGAAAAUGACCCUCUAAAAACUGAUGCCAUGAGAAGUUCGCUUUGGGAGAUUGAUACACUCCAUCACCAUUAUUGUCCUCCUGUUUCAAGAUUUGUAUUGUCACUCGAGAAUGAUUUGACUGUCCGAAACAAAACAGCUGAAGUUCUGGUGAAAGAUUUUAGUUCGGGGUCAUAUGCUACAAUAUUUAGAGAGGAGAUACGUCGAAGAGUAAAGCAGGUACCAUUGGCAUACUACAAAACAGCACCAAGUUGUUUGUUUAGAGAUGAUGAUUUUGCUGGAUGGACAUUUCAACAGACACAACAAGAUGACGAUGUUGAAGAAGAAGACACUAAUAAUUUAAAGCGUCAAUGUGUUGUUGCAGUGUAGAAGAAGAAUCUCAUUCAUUUAUUUGCAAACAAUUGUACCUUCUUUGUUUGUAAUCUAUAUAUAUUGGCUUCUUCUUCUUGUUCUAUUUUUGAUGAUGAUGAUGUAUUUGUAGUAACUCACAUGAGAUAUUUUUUUUAUAAAAAUUGGAGAUGAUUACUUUUA